CGGCUCCAACCACCGCACAUGCUCCUCCACCUUUUCCCCCUCUUUAAAGCUGCCUUGGCUUCGCGCCCCAAAACCUAGCGCCUCCCCACUCCUCCCAUCGCGCCGCCGCCAUCUCCUCCCUUCUCCUUUCUCUCUUUUCUGUGAACCACCAUGAGCAGCUCACCGUCGCCCCGCCAUCUCCGACCGCCCCUCGCAAAACCGAGAGUACCAGGAGAUGCGGCUCGUUCUCCUCUUCAACCUGGUACAAGGAAUCGAGCCGAGAGGGCUUCAAUCGACGGCGAAUUCGCCGUUUCCGUCUUCAAACCUGGCAAGAAAAACUCCGAUUCCGGCCGCUGCGGCCAUCCCCCGGCGCUACUGACCUCUCCAUGAGCUUCACGCCCGCAGGUCCUCACCGGCGACGUCCCUCCAGCGACCCCCUGGACUUCGCAUCGCCACCAUCGGUCUCCCCACGUUCUGAUGUAUGCCCGACGCUAUCUCCCGCGUCCCGAUUCGUCCUGACCUGCUGGAUCCAUGCCCGACCUGAGCUCCAUCCCGCCAUGGUUUCAUCCCCGAGCUCCGCCGUGGUCAGCUCUAUAACGGUGGACCCCACCCGUCAGCCUCUGUCGGUGCCACAUCAGCUCCCCUGCCUUGUCAGCAUUAUAGUCAGCGAUCCUGGCCCCGCAAGUCAGCCCCUGUGGCUAGAACGUCCUCGCAUUUGGUUCUUCCCGGAUAGGAUCGCGAAGUGGUGAUGUGAGAUACGACAAGUGCUCCGGAUGUUCCUCGGCAAGCUUUAACAGGCAAUCAUUUCCCCUAUAUUUCUGCCUCUGCAGAAGUCACUCACCUAUUUUAUUUUGCCUUCUCCCUCAUGCUAUCCUUCAGUUGCGUUCUUGUCACGUGUCCUUUCCACUUGUUACCUCAAGCAGCCUAUAUUGCCUCCACCAACCACCUAUAGCUGUUGUUUGGUUAUCGGGUCUGCCUUGUGAGUCGUAGUGCAUGCUAGUGCUUUUAUAUCUCGUUACCGUAAAUGCUAUCUUAUUGGGUUAUCUGUUGGGGAAUCAUGACACAUGGAUAUAUCUGUUGAGGGUAUCAUAGUUACUUGUUAAUAGUUGUUAGCGGAGGCAUCGGUGGGUCAGCUGAUCGUUUUGUGACGGCUCACUUGUGUUUCCUAAAUAUCUUAGGACCCCGAGUUCUUGUUAUCUGUUCCGAGACUGAGCGCUCUAACCACACGUGGGUAUGUUUCUGGGUCUCCCCUCGA